AUGGCUCAUGUGUUUGUUUUGGUCUGCUUUUGGCAUCUGACUGGUGUGUUGGGAGAGUCAGUGUUAGUGUUGGAGGGAGAUUCAGUGACUUUACACACUGGGUUAACUGAACUGCUGGAGGAUGAACUGAUUAAGUGGAGGUUUGGAGCUGAAAACACUUUAAUAACUAAAAUCAAUGUAAUGGACAACAGAAUCACCAUAUAUGAAGAUGUUCUUGAUGGGAGAUUCAGAAACAGACUGAAGGUGGAUCAAACUGCAUCUCUGACCAUCACGAACAUCACAACUGAACAUGCUGGAGUUUAUCAACUACAGACCAACAGCCUGAGCAAGAGUUUCAGCAUCACUGUUUAUGCUCGCCUGCCUGUUCCUGUCCUCAUCAGAGACUGUUCUUCAUCCUCAUCUUCAUCAGUGCAGUAUUGUUCAGUGUUGUGUUCAGUGGUGAAUGUGAGCGCUGUGAGUCUCUCCUGGUACAAAGGAAACAGUGUAUUGUCCAGCAUCAGUGUGUCUGAUCUCAGCAUCAGUCUCUCUCUACCUCUGGAGGUGGAAUAUCAAGAAAACAACACCUACAGCUGUGUGAUCAACAACACCAUCAGCAACCAGACCACACAUCUGAACAUCACUCAGCUCUGUCAGACAUGCAAAGGCUCUGGUCACUGCUGUGGUCCGACAGAAGCUGUGAUCCGAUUGGUCGGCUCUGCUCUCGUGGGCGUGGCUGUUGCAGCUUUUCUAGUUUAUGACAUCAGAUCCAGGAAAAAGAGAUGA